AUGAGGUCGCCCAGGACCAGUCUAGAUGUUCCGUUGCCAGACUCUGAUUCUGACCAAGAUCAACUAGAAGGCGUGAAUCCUGAGCUCCAUGAAGAAGAAGCAUUGGGAACGGCCAUCGUGGAGGCUGCAGCUUCUCUGAGAACUCCAGAGGUUGGGAAACAGUCGCACCAGGGCCCGAUCUUCAGUCGUUGGGUUGAUAAACUACGAAAGCAACGUCAUCCGCCACCACACUGCGUAUCUGCUCGCCAAGAAAGAUGGACACUGGAUGAUUUCGAUUGCGAUCCCCUGCCAUCACGAUCAAGGUCUGCUCGAGGUAAAGGGCGAUACACGGCAGGUCAUCAUAAGUCCGACUCUCAAAAUUCUUCCUUGCGCUUCAUCACGUCAAUCAGGUCGGCAACAGCCACUGUGGCAAGUACGAGCAUCGCCACAAUAUCGCGGCGGACUACAAAAUGGCGAAGAGGACAGCAGCGGAGCAGUAUCAUCUCAGGUUCGGAUCCUCGCCCUUCAGUCGAUAGCGUACGCUCAGUCAUCGACGAAGCAGCGAGGCAGCGGUCGCGCAAAAGAAGGGAUAAGCUGGAAGAGCUCAUUCGGACCGAGGAAAGCUAUGUUGCAGAUAUCAAAGCACUGUCCAACGCAUACUUCACUGUCCUCGGCCACCAGUCGACAACGACUAGUUUUGCACGGCGUACGGUGCAGAAGAUCAUUGCAGAUAUCUUGCACCUUCACGAUGACAUUCUCGGUGAGCUGCACCACGCAGUUCCGUUUUCCGAGUACGAUCAAGUCAUCGCUAGUGCUCCGCAGUCCAUUCCCGCUAGAUCGCAUAACAGAUGGCACAGCGUAGAUGUCGUGCCUACCCGGUCGACUCCUGGUCAUACUGUGCUUGCGACAAUUCGCCAGGGCAGGCGUUCGCUCAACAUCAGCCGAUCGACAGAAGACGAGCAGGUCAUUCUACAAUGCAGUCCACAGAUCGUGAACGCCGUUAGCCGAGUCUUUUCAAGACAUCUCGGCCGAUUCAAAGCUUACGAAGAGUAUGGCCUUAAUUACGAACUUAUACAGCGCGACAUUGACGAGAUCACGCGCUCUAUACCCACGAUUCUCGAGUACGACAAGGGAUGCGAAGCUCUUUCGGCCUAUGUGGGUACACUGAAUAGCCGAGCUGCAAACCACAAGCGGGCGAUGACUGUCAAAGACCUCCUGAUCAAGCCUAUUCAGCGCAUCCCUCGAUACGAAUUAUUAUUCGAGGACCUCCGAAAACUUACCCCAGUUUGUGAUGAUCCUGUCGCAUAUGCCUCCAUUAGUGAAUUGCAGGAGCAGCUGAAGACUAUAUGCACUCGCACGGAUGCCGCCAAAGACAACCCAAUGCGGGCCCAGAGACUGGAGGCCACAACUCUGAUUGGAAACCGCCUGUCAUGCUCUGGUCAAUUGCCCAAAUCCAUAUUCCUGCAGCUGCUCGGCCAGGUAGUGUUGUGCGGCUGUCUCCACAUCGCAUAUCGCGGCAAAGAUCAAAUCGGGGGUUGCUAUGUCAUCUGCGUGCUGUUCGAAGCCACUUUGUUACUGGCGGUGGAAGAUGACGAUCAGUCAAUGUACAGCAUCCUGGCUGCCGUCCCGUUGGCAAAUGCCACGAUACAGGAGCCCGACAAUCACAAAGGGUUGCAAUGCCAUACUGCACAUCACUCAUGGAAGGUCGUCUUUGAACAUGGCGCGAAGAUGUACGAAAUCAUUCUUACGGCCUGCUCAGCAGUGGAGGCAGAUGUGUGGCGCACAGCCAUAGGAUCUAGCAUUGAAACAAGUUCGCGAGCAGUUGCAGAGGGCAGGGCCAAUGUCUUGGAACUGCAGUCUCCUCUGACAACGGCAAUGAAGAGUGUUGGGAAGGCUUUUGGCAAACCAGGGAGCUUCGUCCGACGCAUGUCAGUACAUCGCUCCGCAACAGUAGGGCCGACUACAGACCUCAACCAGGUCAUUAUCAAGAACACCCAGGCAGUGAAGGAGGUCCAGGAUAACCACUCCCAGGAUUCGCUGCAGAUCCCGCGCUCACAGUCACUGGCGACGCCAAGCCAUGUUCACACAUUGGCUCCUCGUCGCGCAGAGAGGUACCGCCUCGAGGCCGUGCUGUCCGACGUGUGGUCAAAGGACAUGCUUCCCUAUCCCGGUAUGAUGCGCCGAUCGGACCCCAUUCGAGCAGGGGCCAAUCAUGUCAUCCGCAAAUUUAGCAUGGCGAGCAUCACCAGCAAUUUCUCGUAUUCGAAGAGAACGCCAAGCUACACCAGCGUCAGUUCCUGGCGUAAGGAGGAUGUUCCGCCUUCGCGAGCAGCCAAGAGCAGCCGUCGUGACAGCUUCACUACCGCCAGCUCUCGUAGCACCAGACCACUGCCACAUCCCGUCAGUUUCCAUACAGCCCCAGACGCAUUCUUGCCUGCAGACUUUGAGCUGCAGGAUCCAGCGAAGACGAAGAAGAGAUCGGCAUUGCGCACGUUCACAUUGACCAUGGAGCGACCUUUUAGCCCAUUGCUCAGCAACGAGAACAAGCAAUCGUCGCUCCGCAGAGCCCAAAGCGUCCGAGAUGACAACAGUCCCCCAGCGCCCUCGCCUGUUCCGCCCUCGUUGAAUCGAGCUGCCAAAAAGCAGGAGCCGUCUGUGUACAGCAUCGCCCCCGAGCGUGCCAGGACUCCAGCAUUGUCGCAGCGAAAAGAGACACUGAUGCCAAAGUCCGGCAACGAGUUGCCUGUCAAGACGCCUCGCAAAAGCAAGAGUAGGAUGUUCCGAAGCCUCUUCCGAUAG